UACAACACAUAUACAUAUACAUGUUGUUUUUAUUUCGCAAAUUUUAGAAAAUAUGCCCAGAGAAGAGACGAAAUCCCGGCGACACAGUCGGGAUAGAAGGAGCAGGAGUGCCGAGCACAAGAGCAGCCGGGACAGGCAUCGUGAGAAGGAUAAAGAUCGGGAGCGUGAACGCGAACGCGACCGAGACACAACGCGUGACAGAGAAAGGGACAAGGAGAGGGAGCGUGAGUGGCGUCGGGAGAAGGAUGGCCACAGGGAGAGAAGCAGCAAAAAGCGUCGCUCCGCAACACCACCAACAAAAUCAAAAUCGCCAUUGGCCAUGAGCUCCGUGAAGCUGCUGCAGACGCUCGAGGCGCGCCGGCUGCGCGACCAGGAAGAGCGCCAGGCACGCAAGGAGGAGCUGAAGGCCCAGGAGACACCCGAGGAGAAGCGCGCACGCCGCCUGCAGGAGAAGCAGGCCAAGGAGCAUCGUCGACGCGAGCGCAUGGGCUGGGACAACGAAUAUCAGACAUACUCCAACGAUGACAACCCGUUCGGCGACUCCAACCUAACCUCGACCUUCCACUGGGGCAAGAAACUGCAGGUGGAGGGUCUCUCGAAUCUAUCCAGCAAAACGGUGGAGGUGCUGUCGCUGCAGAAGCAAAUGGAGAACCGACGCGAGCUGGAAAAGGUCAAAAAACGACGCCAGGAGCGCGAGCUGGAGCGGCAGGUGCGCGAGGACGAUGCCAUGCAGCAGCAGCGGGCCAAGGAGGCGGUCCAAUUCCGCGAAUGGCAGCGCCAAGAGGACCAGUUCCAUCUGGAGCAGGCGCGACUGCGCAGCGAGAUACGCAUACGUGAUGGACGGGCCAAACCCAUCGAUCUGCUAGCCCAAUAUGUGGCUGCGGGCAAUGCACCGCUGGAGGAGUCGCUGGAGAUGCAAAUGCACGAGCCCUAUAUGCUGCUGCACGGCCUGCCCAUGGAGGAGCUGGAGGAUCUGCUGGUGGACAUCAAGGUGUACGAGGAGCUGGAGCAGGGCAAGCAUAUCGAUUUCUGGAACGAUAUGGUCACCAUUGUCCAGGACGAACUGCAGAAGCAGCAGAAACUGCACGCGGAUGCCAGCACGCUCAAUCAGCGACGCGAUGGCAUCCAUCAGAGUGUCGUCAAGGAUGUGGCGGACAUAUUUCGCGGCAAGAACGCCAAGCAGCUGGAGGAGAUGCGUGAUCGCAUCGAGGCCAAGAUCAAUAGCCGCGCAGACGGCGUCGAUAUCAGCUAUUGGGAGAGCCUUCUCUCACAGCUGAAGGCGCACAUGGCUCGCGCUCGUCUCCGGGAUCGCCAUCAGGCCCUGCUGCGCGAGAAGCUGCUGCUGCUCAAGCGGGAGAACGAUGACGAGGCGACAGCAGCGGCUGGUGGCGGCGAGGAUCAUGCCUCGGCACUGAAGGAGGAGCCAGAGUCCGAGCAGGCAACCGAUGAGCCGAUGAAGGAAGCUGCCGCCGCACCAGCGCAGGAGGAAACGUCUGCCGAGGAGCAGCGUUCACCCUCCCAGGCAGAAGAUGAGACCGAGACCGAUGACGAAGAGGAUGGACCCUUGCGGGAGCUGCUCAAUGCCGCUCGCCUCUACCAGGCCGGCAGCUACAGUCCGGAGUACAUCAGGGAGGAUGACUUUACCGGGCGUCGGAUACAGGCCGGCGAUCGCGACGACAAUGACGAUGGCGCCAUGUACGAGGAGAGCGACGACGAGAGCCGCAUCCAUCGACAGCGUAUGCUAAUCGUCUGUCCAGAGCGUGUGGAUGCCGCAUCCUCAGGCAAGCAGCAGCUGUCCGCGCAGGAGCAGCGCAUGCGGAACGAGGCGCGCCAAGGGAUGCAGGGCGAUGAGGCCGAAUUCAGUGUGGAGACCACACUGGAUGCAGUGCCCCAGCUGGCCACGGACAAGUAUCGGCCGCGCAAGCCGCGCUACUUCAAUCGCGUGCACACGGGCUUCGAGUGGAACAAAUACAAUCAGACGCACUACGACAUGGACAAUCCGCCGCCAAAGAUCGUUCAGGGCUACAAAUUCAACAUCUUCUAUCCGGAUCUGAUGGACAAGUCACAGACGCCGCAAUACUUCCUCACACCCUGUGCGGACAAUGGAGACUUUGCCGUGCUGCGCUUUCACACGGGUCCCCCCUACGAGGAUAUCGCCUUCAAGAUUGUCAAUCGGGAGUGGGAGUUUAGCUACAAGCGGGGAUUCCGCUGCCAAUUCCACAACAACAUCUUUCAGCUGUGGUUCCACUUCAAGCGCUAUCGCUACCGUCGCUAAUCCAUGCUAUAUAUUGCUUUCUUUCUUUUUGUGUUUAAUUUAAGAAUAAAUCUACCACACACUCCUCAUGUAUGCAAAUCA